UUCUUGUGCAGCAGGCUCUUAAACAAUGUCUCUGCGUUGGGCUCUCAGAUUAGUUUGGCUUAUUUGCGCAGUAUCACCUGUUUAUGUAGUAAGCGAUGCUUAUGAUUGUGCCAGAGCACACUUUGAACAACACCCUGGGAAUUUCAGAUUUCGCACAGGUGGUUGGUUGUUACACAGUGGAAAUGGAAUGAAGGGUUUUCACGUCAAGAAAUGCAGGAUUUGGAGGGGAAAAUGGACGGCUGUAGUGAAAAAGCCGAUGGCAGCAAUCAAAACGCUUUGAUGACUGUAUACAAAAAUGUGCUGGCUUGCUGCGGUGAGGAGGCCUACAAUCCAGUCAAUGAAAUAUGCUGUGACUCAGCCAUCAGAGUGAAACCUGCUGUUAAGAGCAAGUGUUGUGGUAAAGAGGCCAUCAAUGAGGAUAAGCAGUUGUGCUGUCAAAUCAACAAGACGAUAACAAGGACUUCAAGUCUAUACCAGUGCUGUGGAAGUGAAGAGUAUAACACUGAGACUCACUGUUGUGAUAGCGAAUUACAAAUCAAACCAUUCGGUAAUAGUUCCAUUACCUCAAGAAGACAGGUUGAUGACUGUGAACCAGAAAGCAAAAUCUGGACCGAUCAGCACUACUGUGGGCCUAAAGUUUUCAGACCUGAAAAAGAGAUCUGCUGCAGUGGACACAGAUAUAACAAAGCAGGAAAUGAUCACUGCUGUGGGGUGAAAGCCUACAACAUUACAGACCCAAAGAUGAAGUGCUGUGCAGGAACACUGCACCGUCUCACAGCUGCAACUGCAAAUGGCGAGUGCUGUGGAUCCAUUCUGUACACAGAGGGUGUUUGCUGCCUGAGUGAGGAUAAAGAGGUGUUCUACUCUGCAAAGGCAGAUUUCAGAUGUUGUGGACAUCUCUACUACAACACCUCUCUGUGGUCAUGCUGUGCAGGGAAACUGAGACCUCGGAAAUCAGGGGUGUUCCACAACUCCACAAUUUUGUCCUUGAACAAACUAAAUCAAGCAGAACUUUGCAACCCAAUAAAAAUUGGGACUGUGGAAAGUGUAUCUCAGCACAGCAUCGUGUUCAGCAGUUUGCUGGAAAUCAAUGGGCAAAUUGCUUCUUUGAAACCUCUGGACUGGCAUUAUUCCUGGAACAAACCUUAUUUACCUGAACUAACUCCUGGGAAGACUUAUUUCUUCAACGAUAAUAAUGUCUUCAUUGAUUUCAAUCAUGACUCUCUUCUUCAGUCGAUCCGUUUCAUUAUUUCCAAAUGUUCGUCUGGUUAAUCUGGUUAAUCUGCUCCAGUGUGCAAUAUGAAAUUAGUUCUCAGAGAGUGACAAAAGCUUCAGUAGUAAAAUAUGUACUUUGUGCAGUCAAAGUCAUGCAAUAAGAUGGUGCACUAAAUAGUGUGUUGUCUGCGUUCUCAUAGUGAGUUCUCAUAAAAGCUCUUUACAGUUUUGUUCUUCAGAUUUUUUUCUUUUCAAAUUUGUAUUAUGUAACAAAAAACGUAAAAACUGCAGUUGUUUGGGCGGAUGCGAUUUUUCGCUAAUUUACUCUACUAUCAGCAAUAAAAGCUAAAUAUGCAGGUGCCCUGUGAUGUCUGCAUAUUUAUCUUUAACUGUGCUUAUAUUGUUUAUUUCUUAAUUGUUACUCAAUAGCUAAUUUUUCCCUGAGGUCUUUGUUCUGUGUUACUAUAUAUUCACAUUUAUACAAAAAUCAGUUAUCAUCAUCAUCAUAAAUGUAUUCAUGUUUUAUCCAAUGAAUAAAUUUUUAAAGAAUAUAUCAGUGGCCAUGUUUUUUUAUGAUGCAGUUUUUUUUAUUUAUGCUACAACUGGUUUUGUUGAAAAUCAUAUUUGGUGAGUAAUUCAAUAACCAUUGCUGUCAGAUGUGAAUGAAUUUAAUUUAAGCAGAAGUUAAGCUUUCAUUUUACCUGUUUAUAUUUUACCGUCUGCAUCCAGAGACAAUAACCAGAUUACUGUUUAUUAAACAGUAUUAAACAAAACAUUAUUCAAUUAGUUUUCUCUUUGGCUCUCGGAGGAGGCGGACACAUCUUCCCUGCUGCUGCUUUUAUGUCUUUGUCUAGUCUUGUCUAAGUCUAACCCUCAAACAGUCUCUCAGUCUUGUUCUCUAAAACCUAAAGAAUUAUGGAUUUGAUCAACUGGUCUCGUAACAAAAUUGUCACCUUCCUGGGCUUGGGAGAGCCCGAUUGUCCUGCAGAGAGGUUUGCUGCCGGAUACUCGAUGGUCGGUUGCGUCGACAAUAACAGAGUUCUGGCUGAUUGGAGCUGGAUUGGACCUGGCUUAUCGAAGAACAAAAAGCGCCUACAGCUGUUCAAAAUCCCACAAGGCUGGCCGACAUGAUAGACAAUGGGCAGGGCUGUGAGUAAGACUGUGUUAUUGAACGCAAUAUGGAUAAGAUCUUGGAGAAGCUCAUGGCUCUGCAAUAUGGAUAACAUCUUGGAAAAGAAGAACGGGAAUUGAGAGAAUUGAGAGAAUUGGUGACCAGUGAUGGACAUUAGACCAACUGUAAAAAUUGGAUGCAGUUAUUCGCACUAAACCCAAACAUUCACCAUCUUCACUCAUGCAGCUAUCCCACUGGUGCCAGCUGAAGGCCUGCCGAGGUCGAGGCUGACUGGAACAACAAAAAUUCUUCCAUGAUAACAGGACUGUUGUCAGAACACUGUCUCUCCUUCAAGGUCACCUGGGUCCACUGGAAACUGUUGACCUUAGCUUAACCGGGCGUGGUGACACUUUCUUUCAGCUGAACACGGGUGUUGGAGUCAAAUUGUUAAAUGUUGUCAUUGUGUUACUUAAAUUUGUAAGUCUUAGUUCAAGCAGCAUGAUCAAAGACAUUCCUUUGUCUCUGACCACCUCUCCAGCCAGUUUGUUGGUGGGGGAGGCUGUAGUGUUUUAUUAUAGGGACAUCCUAUCUGAAGGUACUGUUUUCUUGUAGUAAUUGUUUUGCUCAGAAGGAUGAAGCUCGGGGCCAGUGCCAGCUGCUGGCCUGGGAAAGGAUAGUGGGAGUCUUCCUGUUCAGCAACAGCCCGGGUUGGACAAAAGACUGUAGUAACUGAAAAGAUACACAGAGUUUGUGUGAUGUUAUAGAAGGGGCGCUGCGAUGCUAGAACGCUCAUUACUAUGAACCUGUUAUGUUUUGAUGUGUGUUCUCCUGCGCAGUAAUAAAUAGUUUGAUCACAGCUCUUUCAGUGUUGCAGACUUUAUUUACAAAAUUCCACGACAGUGGGAACA